GGGGGGGACGAAAUAUGUAAUUAGUGAAGUUCAUAUCGCGUCCGAGUGUAGCUUGUGUGUGUGUGUGUGUGUGUUUGGGUACCGUGGUCUGUGAUAUCACUAUAUCAGCGCCGACGGACGACGACCUAAUACCCUAUGCGGUUGUGUUGUUGAAUUUCAGGACGGUUUAUUUAUUUUUUUUUUUGUAACGUUCACUCGUUGUCUUCCGUCGUUUAUCUAUUCACAGACGACUUAGUUAACAUGGCCUACAUAGAAAAAUGCUGCUGACAUCUGAGAUUCGUCGACGUCUCAUUUGGCAUGACACGAUAUUACACCGCAGCAUAAGAUAAGACCCAACGACUACAACGUUACACCACAGUCGUGACGGACAGUGCGCGACGGCCAUGAGAAACAUUUGUCGGUGUGAUGAAUGAGGACGAGAUAGCCGAUAAAGUAUACGAGGAGAGAGAGAGAAUUGUCGAUCUAUAUAGGAAUGGACCCGGUGACGGAACGAUCAUAGAUCCUGUUGAUGAUCCCGCUUUCAAUGAUUAUUACAAACUUGACAGGUUUGGAUUCAUAAUAGGUGAUGAGUCAAAGUUUAAAAAAGAAGAACCUCAAGAUAUAAAAAUCGAAGUAACCCGUGAACAAAAAUGGCUGAAAAUGAUCUCCAAUUGGGAUGGUCUGUCCCGAGACAAACUCAAAAGACGCGUUUACAAAGGCAUUCCAAAUUCAUUACGAGGUAAAGUGUGGGCCAAACUAUUGGGUGUUGAUCAACUCACAGAUGAUCAGAAAAACAAAUACAAACAUAUGCGUGAGCUGGCAUGGGAACAUUCACCAGAUGUAAGACAAAUUGAUCUAGACGUGAAUCGGACAUAUCGAGAACAUAUCAACUUUCGAAAACGUUACAAUUCCAAGCAACAAGAGUUAUUUAAUAUACUGUCCGCUUAUAGUAUUUAUAAUUUAGAUAUUGGUUAUACUCAGGGAAUGUCACAAAUUGCAGCAUUACUAUUGAUGUAUUUAAGUGAAGACGAAGCUUUCUGGGCAUUGUCUACUCUUAUUUCUAAUAGCAAGUAUCAUAUGCAUGGUUUUUUUAUACCUGGAUUUCCUAAGUUAAUAAGGUUUCAAGAUCAUCAUGAUAAAAUAAUGAAUAAGUUAUUACCUAAGUUAAAAAAACAUUUGGAUAAAAAUGGAGUUGAAACUGGGUUAUAUACUUUAAAAUGGUUCUUCCAAUGUUUUUUGGACAGAAUACCAUUUAAAUUGACUUUAAGAGUGUGGGAUAUAUUUUUACUUGAAGGCGAUAAAAUAUUAUCAGCUAUGGCGUAUUGCUUAUUAAAAUUACACCGUCACCAGCUAUAUGCUUUAGGAAUGGAUGAUAUACUUAAUUUUUUGCAAGUAAAAUUGGAACAAAAUUAUCAACAUUCAGCAGAUUAUACCAUUGAAAAACUUCAAGAAUGCCUUACUGAACUAAAAAAAAUUAAACUUGACAAUGCUGGCCCGCCGUCUCAAAAUGAAAAGUUAAAAAGAGAGCUCGGAAUAUUUAAUCCUGAUGAUAUUCCUGUUAAGAAGCCUCAAAUCAAUGGAGUAGAUAAAAAAAGAAAACCCAUUAAUGCAGACCAAAUUCAUAGUUCACCUGAACAGGAUUCACAACGCCAAGGUUCAAUUAUUACAAAUGGUAAAAACAGUUUAGACGAUGUUAGCUCAAUUGUUGGAGAUAGUUCUAGACGCUCAUUGCUGGACACUAGUGUAACUUCUGCUGCUACGACUACAAUGUCUCCUCAAAGUAUACAAAAUGAUGAUGCUGGAUCGGAUGUUACAUGUGUGAGCCCACAACCCGAUGUGCUUCGCAUAUAUGUGCCAUACGAUACUCCAACAAAGAAAUCUCCUACUUCUGUUUCAAACAAAAUCACAACAAUACAGGUGAUAGAUGAUAUGGCCACUCCUACUGUGGAAACAGAUGGUAUAUUUAAAGCGGUGUCUACUAUAAACUAAUCAUUUGUUGAAUUAGUGAUGUACUAAAUUGGCUGUGAUUGAAUAUAUAGUUGGUGACUACUUUAUGACUAAGCAGUGCUACUUUCCAUGUAAAUUGGUUAUACCUUUUUUGUAUUUUUGUGUAUAGUACAUAAUUUGUUCUUGGCAAGAUUCUUAGUUGUAGCUUAAGUUCAGAAGUUGAAAAUUCAAUAUUCAUACAAUUUAUUCUUCAAAAAGUCAUUAAUUUAAAUUAUUUAAUAACAAAAUGGUGCAGAAUUUGUAAAAAUAGAUAUAAUUCCGUAUAAAUUUUCCCUAACAUUACUUCUAAACUUCAAUAAUCUAUAUUUAUUUUAUUUUCAAUUUAACUUUAAAUACCUUGUGCCUAUUGUUCGAUUUUACUUUAAUUUCAUAAUUACAUUUAAUGAAAUUAAUAUAUUAAUGUUCAAGAAAACAAUAGCUAUAUUUGAUAUACUUAAUUUAUUUGCAUGGUAUUUAAAAUUUUGAGUUGCAUGAAAAUUACAAAUAACAUUAAUAAACUAUUUCGACUCCAUAUAAAAGUUUAAAUAUUUUAACUAUAAAAUAGUUAAUUUAUAAAACUUAAUGCUAUUUAUUUAUACAAUUUUUUUAUUUCUAUGAUUAAAUUAGAUCUCUUACAAUUAUUAUAUUUAUAUAUAUUAUUAUACUUGUAGGUGUUUUAGGAUAAAUUUAAUUAAUAAACAAUUAUAGUUAAUGCAAUUGACACAUAAUACCUAAAACAUUAACUAAUUUUUAUUUCAGUUGAAUACGAUUAAGAUAAUUUACCUCAAAUUUAUUAUAGUACAUAACUAUUGCCUUCUUUUCAGAUUAAAUUAAUUUCCUAAUGUUAAUAAUUAAAAUAAGUAUUAGAACAAUAUUUUAUCACAUGACGAUAUUAUUACAGUUUCUUAUUAGGAAUAUGUUCACUAUCUUACUAUCAGUAUUAAAUUUUAAAAAUAUAAGUAUCAAAGUAAUAAAAAUGUUAACUAAUUAAUUUAUGUUGUAAUUGGAUGAUUUAUUAUCAUUUUGGUUAACUGUAAAAAAAAAAAAUGGUUUAUUAUUAAUUUUAAAUGUUGGUUUUGAGAAAAAAAAACUUUUUGACGCCAUCAUUAUGUAACUGAAUGCUCUCUUUCAAUAUAAGACUAAAUUCAUUAUUCAUUCCAUACUUUUUAUAUUUUGCACAAAUAAACGAUAUGUUUGUAUUAAAUUAGUUAAGAUUGCUAGUAGACUGUUCAAAUAUGAAUGUUUUAAAGAGAGAUAAUAAUUAUAAACAACAAUUUAUUUUAUGAAAGAAAUGUGAUGUGUAUUUUGACAUAGAAAUAUAAUUGUUUUUAACAAACACCUUAGAUUGUCUUAUAAGUUAAUAUAUUAUAUAUUUUUAAUAAUUCUAUAUGGUAAUUACUACUUCUACAUUAUUAUUAAGUUGUAUUUUAUGUCAUUAGAUGUUAACUUGGUGUUCAAAAGACGUAUAGAUGUUACAACUUAUUAUACUUAGAUAGAAUUGUUAAAACUUGUUUUGUAAUUUUAACAUUCUGUAUAGAUCAUGAAUUUUAAAUUGAAAUGUUUUUGUUAUAAAUGGGAAAGAUGCAACUUGAACAAAUGGUUAUGUUUAUAAUUUACCGAUUGUAUACAAACCGAAUGAUUAAUUACAGUGAAAACAUUAUAUUUUUUCAUUGUAUAAAAAAUAUUCUUCUAAAUAAGUACGAGACUGUGAACAUUAAAAAACAAGGACAAUAGUUUCUUGAGCGUUCAAUCUUUAUAAUUUAUAUACAUUUUAAUUAUUAACUUAUUGUUAUUGAUAAACAUUGUAUUGUAGCUAUUUAAUAUUAUUAAAGUUUGUCAACAACAAUAUUAUUGUAUUUUAUUAUAAUUAUUAAUAUAUUAUUAUAUAAUAUAUAUAAAUAUAAUUAUGUAUUAUACCUAAAUAUAUAUUUACAAUUAUUUGUUUUA